AUGGAUUUUGCAGAGAACGAGAAUGUGCAGCUGCAGGAUAGGAAUGAGAGGCUGUACGGGCUCACAGACCUGCAGGAGAGGAUGGAGAAGCUGGCUGGCUCCAAAACAGAUCUGUCAGCCAGAAUGGUCUUCAGUGAAGAGGAAAAACUGAAGAUUUCCAAAGACCUUGUUGAUCUCCAGAUUGAGACAAACAAAAUGAAGGAACAAUAUGAGACGGAGAACUUUGAACUGAAAAAUAUGGUCCUGGCCCUGGAGAACCGUGUGCUGGAGCUGGAGCUCUGCAGUAAGAAAGUCACUGGGGAGCGGGAUGCCUUACGGGAACGUCUGCACACUCUGGAGACCAGUCGGAAGGAGCUGGCGGAUGAGUACAUAAUUUUGAAAAGCAAUUACCUGGCCCUAGGCAAAGAACUGGACCAGGAGGUCAUGAAGAAUGAAGAGCUCAGCCUAGAGCUGCUCAAUCUGGCCAAUGCCAGGAGCACCCUUCCCUGCACAGAGAGCGACCACUGCCACUCCCCUGCCAUGGCCAAUGAAUCCUCUGCCGAGCUGGAAAGAGUACGAGCAAUGGUGCGCCGUCUCUCGGCUCGGAAGGUGAAGCCAGAAGAUGUAGUUGCCUCUGAACACGAGCGGCAAAAGCUGGAGAGAAACUUGCUUGGAAACCAGGAUCACAUAAAAGUGGAGCUUGAAAAACUGAAGAAAACCUAUGAUUUGCAGCAGCAGAAGCUGGAAGAGAGAGUGAUUGCAAUGGGGAAGGAGCUGCAGGAGGCGAAGGGAGCAAUUGGGGACACGCAGCACAAGCUGGCGGAGCAGUCAGCGGUGCUGCUCACCUCCCAGAGCCAGCUCCAAGAGGUGGAGGCAGAGAACUCCCGGCUGCAGCUCCGGGUGAAAGAGCUGAACGAGGAAUAUCGCUCCCGGCUCACGCAGUACAUCAAGGACAUGGCGGACUACAUGGACAGCAAAUCCAGCAACAUAACGGGGCCUAGCAAAGCCCCAGCUGAUCGUGCUCACAUGAAACGCUUGGUAGACAGCAUGCUGAAGGAUAUCAGGGCUUCCUACAAGUCUCGGGAAGAGCAGCUAGCUGGAGCGGCACGUGGCUACAAGAAACGCAUGAAGAACUUGGUCAAGAAGCAUGAGAACCUGCUGAUUGCUUAUGGGCUCCAGCGAGAGCAGAUCCGGUCCUUGGGCACCAGCGCUAUGGAUUGUGGCCCUGCCGAGCUCCACUUUUCCAUCACAGACCCAGAGCUACUGACAAACACAACCCGGGAGCUAAACCGGCUGCGGGAGGAUAAAGCAAAACUGGAGAUGCAGCUACAUGAAUUGCAGAAGGUGGUGGCUGGGCUGCUGGCUUUCUGUGGGGGUGAAGCUGGGGGGCGGCAGCUGGAUGAGGAGGGCUGGGCAGAGGUCAGGAAGCAGCUCCAGGAGUUCACACACACCAUCCAGGAGGAUUUGGAGCAGGAGAGGAGUCAGCUGCUGACUCGGGCAAUUGUGGCAGAAGAGCAGGUGUCAGAGCUGCAGGAAUACAUAGAUAAGCAUCUUGCAAGGUACAAGCAGGAAAUCCUCCGGUUGAGGAAGCUUGCUGGCAGAGAGGUGCCACGUGUGCUCAGUGCUGGGGCAGCUGAUACUCACUCACUGCCCAGAGCCAGGACUGUCAGCCACCAACCAUAG